GCACCCAGAAGACGGGGAGCCGCCCGGCCCAGGCCCUUGGACCUGGGGAAUUGCGCUGCAGAGAGCAGAAGACGAGGAGAGCGAGGAGAGCCUGGCCCCGCGGAGUCAGGGACCAAGUCCGGAGCUUCCAAGCCGGCCUCAGAAGCAGAAUGCUGCAUUUCAGUUUGGGUCAAAAUAUUUAAGCCAAAAAAUAUCAGAGCUGCUUGCUUAACUUGUAGUGUGGUCAAUUUUAGUUUCCCCUAGAUGUGGGCUGGGAAAGAAAAAGGGACCGUACCGUCGUGCAUUGGCCGGGAAUCGAACCCGGGCCUCCCGCGUGGCAGGCGAGAAUUCUACCACUGAACCACCAAUGCAGGCGGGGAGGAAGCUUCCAACGCACGCAUCUGAGUGUGUCGGCCGCGGAGGCACGCCUGCUCGGAGCUCCACGUGUGGAAGAAGGCGGCGUAGGCCCGUAGAGGUGGGAGGAGCGCCGGGCUGUUCCUUCUCGCCCUCGGAUCCGGCCACCGGGCCAUAAAGUCAUUCCAUAUGGCCAGGGGCGGCCCCACACCCGGGUGCAAACUGCCCCGGGCCCCGAGCCUCACGUGCAGGCACUUGGGGUGAAGUCUCCGGGCGGCGGCGGCCCCCCGCGGAGGGCCGUGCUCGCGGUUUGAGGGUCCGAGGAGCAAUGGUCACCCGGGAUCGAGCUGAGAAUAGGGACGGCCCCAAGAUGCUGAAGCCGCUGGUGGAGAAGCGGCGCCGCGACCGCAUCAACCGCAGCCUGGAGGAGCUGAGGCUGCUGCUACUGGAGAGGACCAGGGACCAGAACCUCCGGAACCCGAAGCUGGAGAAAGCCGAGAUCCUGGAGUUCGCCGUGGGCUACCUGAGGGAGCGCAGCCGCGUGGAGCCCCCGGGGCGCCCCCGGUCCCCGGGCCAGGACGCCGAGGCGCUCGCCAGCUGCUACCUGUCCGGCUUCCGCGAGUGCCUGCUCCGCCUGGCGGCCUUCGCGCACGACGCCAGCCCGGCCGCCCGCGCCCAGCUCUUCUCCGCGCUGCACGCCUCCCGGCGCCCCAAGGCGCCCCGGCCCGAGGCCGCCGACCCGGGGCUGCCCGCGCCGC